UGCCUAAGCGGCGAACAUGGCGGCUUCCGCGGCUGGCCUUGGCGGCGGUCCGUGCCCCGGGCCUGAGGCCGGGGACUUCCUGGCUCGCUACCGCCAGGUGUGCCAGAAGCUGAAGAAGCGGUUCCUGCGGAAGCCGAACGUGGCGGAGGCCGGCGAGCAGUUCAGCCAGCUGGGGCGCGAGCUGCGCGCCCAGGAGUGCCUCCCGUACGCGGCCUGGUGCCAGCUGGCCGUGGCCCGCUGCCAGCAGGCGCUCUUCCACGGGCCCGGGGAGGCGCUGGCGCUGACUGAGGCCGCGCGCCUCUUCCUGCGGCAGGAGCGCGACGCGCGCCAGCGCUUGGCCUGCCCCGCCGCCUACGGGGAGCCGCUGCAGGCCGCUGCCGCCGCCCUGGGCGCCGCUGUGCGCCUGCACCUGGAGCUAGGCCAGCCGGUUGCCGCCGCCGCGCUCUGCCUCGAGCUGGCGGCCGCCCUGCGCGACCUGGGCCAGCCGGCCGCCGCCGCCGGCCACUUCCAACGCGCCGCGCAGCUGCAGCUGCCCCAGCUGCCCCUGGCCGCCCUGCAGGCGCUCGGCGACGCCGCGUCCUGCCAGCUGCUGGCGCGCGACUACAGCGGUGCCCUGGCGCUCUUCACGCGCAUGCAGCACCUGGCGCGGGAGCACGGCGGUCACCCGGUGCCGCCGCCGGGGCCGCAGCCCCCGCCGCAGCCGCAGCCCAAGCCGCCAGGGCCGCAGCCUGGGGUCGGCGCGGUCUCCGCCCCACCGCUCGCGCUGCUCCCGCCCGGCGCGGGGUCCGUGGCCGCGCCCUCCCCCGCCGCGCUGGGCGCCUUCGCCGACGUGCUGGUCCGCUGCGAGGUGUCCCGCGUGCUGCUGCUGCUGCUCCUGCAGCCGCCGCCCGCCAAGCUCCUGCCAGAGCACGCGCACACCCUGGAGAAGUACUCCUGGGAGGCCUUCGACGGCCACGGGCAGGACAGCAGCGGCCCGCUUCCCGAGGAGCUCUUCCUGCUGCUGCAGUCCUUGGUCAUGGCCACCCACGAGAAGGACACGGAAGCCGUCAAGUCGCUGCAGGUGGAGAUGUGGCCCCUGUUGAGCGCUGAGCAGAACCACCUCCUGCACCUCGUUCUGCAGGAAACCAUCUCCCCGUCGGGCCAGGGGAUCUGAUGAGUCACUCCCAGCGACUCUGUGCCUGUCCCCGAACCUCACGCACCCGCCUGCGCGUUUACGGGGACACAAGAGGCAUUGACCCAGCGCUUCUGCCUUUGCAGUGUAUCUUACCCCUGUUGCCACCAGAGGAAUGUGGUUGACUACAAGUUACGUUGUUUCCACAAUAGUGGCAGGAAAAAAACCAUAUGGUAGAAUCGGCGUAGAGUCUCCGAUUCUCUUCCCCAGAAACUGCAGCAGAACCAUGAGAGUCCCUUCCGCCCCCUUUCCUCUUCUGUUUUCACCCAGCUGUCCCCACCCACCCCUCUUUCCCCGCAAGGCUCCCCUCCCCCCGCCUCCUUUCCGACUGAGGAUUAAUUUGCACAGCUCUGGCUCGCUACUUAAGCUGCAUGACUUUUUCACGGUGACUCUGAUUGCUUAGCGUAUUUCGAUGUCCGCCUGCGUGAUGGCCCAGUUCCCCCUGUGUUUCAUGCGCCCCGCUGUGUUUCGCUACAGCCCUCAGUCCAUGAUAAAGCCAUUCUGACCCUCCUAGCUUGUGGUUCUGAUUUACUUUAUCUGUAAAAUGGGAAUAGCUUAUCUACCUGGCAGGAGGCGGCAAGCAGAAGCAGAUAGCUCCCUUUUAGCUCCAAGAUGGGUUCGUUCAUUCGAAACGGACAGUGUGCCUAUGAAUCUACAGAGAUCAUUUGCAAUGUGGUCCUUUCUCAGCUGCAGUGCGAAUGUGUUCGGUGCAGAGCGGGGUGGGAGUGGCGGUGAGGGUGAGGGCAGGGUGGGCUCCAGAGCAGAGGUGUCAGAUGUGCACUGGAGUUUUCAGUUCUGGCUCCAUUUCGAGAGGUACGGGUAAUCCACGUGGCAGCUUUUAUUUGUAGUGCGGGUCCUUCUACAAAUCUUAGUUAACUCAUGUAAAAUCAGCAUGCUGCUUUGGUAUUGUGUGAUCGUGUGUAUGCCAGACUGUGCCCUUGUUCCCCCAAAGCAGGAUGGCGUUCCAUUUUUAAACACUAAAUUUCCAAGGCUUUUUGGUCCAAAUGUUGCAUGCAAAGCGACUUAGCUCUUUUCUCAAAUUCACUUUUAUUUUCUUUAGUGUUGGGAGUGAUGGUAGGAACUCUUCAGAGUAUAAUCUCAGUCAUUCGGCUUUGGGAAAACGCAUCCUUUAGGCUGAAGUUGUAGACAGCACUAAUCUUUUGAGGUGAGAUUUAAGGACACAGUUUGGGAACAGAUCUUGGUUUUGCGUAUGUGGGCGGGGGGAUAUGUGGAGUGUUGUCACUCUGAGUUAAGUGUCCCAAAGUGGAUGGGGCUUUUAGGGUAUUCUUUUCUACUUCUGUUUCAGUAGUGGCUAAGGAAAUGUGGGGAGGCCCAUUUGAGACAGAUUCAGCCACCCUUCCUGUGCUCUCACUUGUCUGCCAGGAAGGGUCUUUCCGAGCCCUAAAAGCCUAGUCCAGCUUGUUGCCAAAGUGGUAAGGGUGCAUGCUCCCUUGUGCUUUUGCUUUUUCUGGUACACUCUUUUCAGCCUGGGCUGCAGCUCUGGCCACCUUCCGUAUUGUCCUUAUGACAAGAAUGCGUAGGAAUUAUGGACUGUGACUGGUGACAGCAUUUGGGUUUGGGCGCAAGGAGAACCUCCUUAGACCUCUGGUCUAAACUCCUUGCUUUGAGGAGGUGGGGGGAGGGAUUACCAGAGAGCCUGGUAUUGGGUAUACAAGCAGUAUUAGAGCUCUCCAGAGAAACAACAACAGAAUCAAUCUCUCUCUCUCUCUCUCUCUCUCUCUCUCUCUCUAUAUAUAUAUAUAUAUAUAUAUAUAUAUAUAUAUAUGUAAUUAUUCCAUGAUGUCAGUGUUUAACAGUACCUAUCUGUUUUAAAAGGUAUAUUUAAAAAAUGAAAUAUAUAGAAUCUCAUUACAGAUCAGCAUUAACAGGUGAACAUUUGGAUUGAUUUUAAUGGUAGGGAACACUAACUUUGAACCAUAGUUAAGUAAAAUGUUGUCCCCCCAAAAUAACUGUAAUCUUCACAUGAAUAGACCUGUAUUACAAAAACAUUAUUAUUAUAUUUUGAAUUUCAUCAA